UUUCGAGUCUCACCGCUCUCGCAGUCGGGGCUCUAGCGACUAGCGGGUACUGCGAGUAGCGACUUAGCGAGUACUGAAUAGCGACGGCCAGUCAUCCAGGCAGAAGCGGAACCAGCUCGCCACUUCCCAUCCCGAGUGGUUCGCUCUUCAUGCCCAGCUCAAACCCAUCCAACCAGCCAGUUGCUCUGCGGCUGCUCGAACCUUGCGAUGGUGCAAAACCUUCUACCGGCGAUAACUGCCUUUUUCACUCUACUCGUCGCCCCGUUUCUAUUUUUUAUACCGAUCAUCGUCAUCCUCGCCUCCAUCGGGAAGUCUCUCGGCGUGAGGCGAGCUUAUGUCAAGCUGCUCGUUAAGAUAUUCGAGUUUGGUCGAAAGACUAUAGAAGCAGAAGGAAAAUGGAAUAUAGAACCUGAGGAGAAAAGGAAAUUGUCCGAUGAAAAACAUUCGAAAGAGCCAAAUGGAACGACUCUUAUUUCCAGGGAAGAUUUAAUUCUCGUGCCUGACCCUGAACAGAAUUACGUUGGAAACAACAAUCUUGAAUUAUCGCAGGAAGACAAAGGUAUUCCAAGAAGGCCUUCAUUUGAAACCCUCCGUAGGGAGUUUCAGCUGUCUGACUGUUUUGAUUUAGUAAAAGCUGGUGUAGAAGCAAUUAUUGAAGAUCAGGUAACCUCCAGAUUUGAAGCUGAGGAAUUAAAGUCAUGGAAUUUACUCACACGAACCAAUCGACAAUACGAAUUUAUAAGCUGGAAACUCUCUUUCAUAUGGGUGUCCGGAUUUUUCAUUAGAUAUUUUUUCCUUCUUCCCAUUAGAGUUUUAAUAUGCUUCUUUGGCGUACUUUGGUUAACUCUUUGUACAGCUAUUGUUGGUUAUGUUCGUAAGGGAGAUUUUAAAAGAUGGCUGACCCGCAAAGUUUCAAUGAUGUGUUUCAAUGUUCUUUCUUCUGCAUUAUCCUCAGUCAUAACAUAUCAUAAUCCAGAAAACAGACCAAAGAGAGGCAUUUGUGUUGCCAACCACACAUCACCGAUUGAUGUGCUGAUACUCAUGUGUGACAACUCCUAUUCUUUAAUUGGCCAAAGACACGGUGGUUUCCUUGGUAUAUUACAACGAGCUCUGGCUAGAGCUUCACCCCAUAUCUGGUUUGAAAGAUUAGAAGUUAAGGACAGGGCAACAGUUGCUUUACGACUUAAGCAGCACGUGUCUGAAGAAAACAAUCCACCAAUACUCAUUUUUCCUGAAGGUACUUGUAUAAAUAAUACUUCUGUUAUGCAAUUUAAAAAAGGAAGUUUUGAAGUCGGCUGUGUAAUAUAUCCGGUUGCAAUUAAGUAUGAUCCCAAAUUUGGAGACGCAUUCUGGAACAGCUCUAGGUAUUCAAUGUUACAAUAUCUCUAUAUGAUGAUGACGUCAUGGGCGAUAGUCUGCGAUGUUUGGUACUUGCCACCGAUGUACCAAGCGCCGGGAGAAAGUGCGAUCGAUUUUGCAAAUCGUGUUAAGGGGGUGAUUUCUAAACAGGGUGGCUUAGUCGAUCUCAUGUGGGAUGGUCAGUUGAAGAGGAUGAGAGCGAAGAAGGAGUGGAAGGAAAAGCAGCAAGAGGAGUUUAGUAAACGAUUAAAAGUGGAGUAAUUUACAUAUGGUAUUUCAUUGUAAUUUCUGUUGUUUUAUAUUACAAAUAUCAGGUGCCUGAGGUCCGUGUAUUGUCCCACCUUUUUCAUGUCCCCCUAAACGAUAUAAGUAUUGUAAGAUUUCUUGGGAACGUUAGGACUGGCACAAUUUGAAUCGAAUAUAUACAAAAAGAGUUGAAAAGAAGGACAAUACAACGACAAAAAAAAAAAAUUAUUUUAUUUUUUUAAAUUAAUUUUUUUAUUAAAUUUAUUAUUUAAAAAAAAAGAAUUUUUUUAAGAAACAGCAAGUGAUGCAUUUUGUCAAGCCUGUGCUAAGAACAAUUUUUAUACAUAAAAUAGUUUUUAACACUUUUAUUCUCGUAAUUUUUAUAUUUCAUUUGAAAAUAUUUUGUUUUGAAGGUAAAAUGUAUAAUUAAAUUACUGUUUACAAAUCCCUUUUAUUGCAGGAUUGUGUUAGAAGUUGAUAUUUUGAAAAUUAUUUUUGUAGAAUGAUUAAAAAAAUGUUAUGAGCUAUUGUUGAUCGAACGAUUUGAUAGCUGUCCAAAGAAAUUAAAUGUUAUUGUUUUUUUUUUUUCUAUUUAUUUUCACAAACCAUGUACUGUGUGACAUAAUUGGACGGAGAAUAAAU